CGCUUCCAAAAGUUUGCGUUUUCGUAAAUUAACCACUUUUCUUAUAAUUAAUAUAUUGUUCUACUUCUAAUUAUGUCUGAACCUGGUACUUAAUUAAGUGAAGAAUCCAUUCUGUGCAUUUCAUCUAACAUUUAGUCACGAAAAAUGGAAUUUUCAGAACUAUGUCGGCUUUGUUUAUCUGGCGAGCAAUUAAAUCCAAUUUUUGUUAAUUUUGACGAUUAUAAGCGUUAUUCUAAUGCUAUUUAUGUUACUGCAGGUGUUAAGGUGACACCCAACGACGGUCUUCCUCAAACAAUGUGCACAUCCUGUGUAGAUUUCCUGAAUCAGUCGUUGAAAUACAGAAAAAAAUGCAAAGACGUUGAAACGAAACUGAUAGAAAUUCAAAAUGGCUCACACGAAUACUCAAGUACAAUUCCAUCUAAAGACAAAGUUUGUGACGUUACAAAAAAAGAUUUUAUCAAAACUGAAGUCAUCAUUGAACCGUUAAACGAAAAGAAAGUUAAAGAAUCAACUGAAAUCAAGAUGGAGUUUACUGAUUACGAAGUGCUGGAGGACCCAGACGAUGACAGUGAUGAUGAUGAUAAGCCGUUGAAGUAUCUGAUGGAUACUGAACCUGAAGUUGCUGAAGAGAAUCAGCUUAUGGUGCAUACCAGUGGCCACGUGAAAGACAUGAGGACCGAUGAAGACAUAGCCAAGCCUCCCGACCCACCGUACCUCCCGAAGCAGGGAGGAGACGCCAGCAAGACUGCCCGCGUGACGUGCAAGCUCUGCCAGAAGGAGCUCUCCAUCCGGAGUGUGGACGCUCACAUGGCCAGGAGUCACCCAGGCGCUGAUCACAGGAAGAUAAAAUGUGACCUGUGUGAUAGCUACCUCACUGAAGGCAAAAUGGCCAGACAUAUGAACAUGGUACACUUCAACGGGAAAGCCAUGAGAUGCGGGUACUGCAAGACUGAAUUCGACAAUAAAGACAUUCUUAUACAACAUGUAGCGACGUGUACGGCCAAGAAGAAGAAACGGAAAGUAUGUGAAUCGGGUAAGGAACUAGUUACAUGCGACAUUUGUAACAAGAGCAUGCAACGAGCCAGCCUGAGGAUGCAUAAAGCAAUCAAACACGCGGGAUUGGGGCCAGUUUGUGAGCACUGCGGCCGUCGCUUCGGCAAUAAGUUUCGUCUAAACGACCAUUACAGAGCUAAACAUGGCUACGAUAAGUUCAAAUGCUCCUACUGCGACUUCCAGAGCGCCGGCAUCAUGGCUAUGAGGAACCACGAGCGCCGCCACCGCGGUGAGAAGCCCUACAUCUGUGAGACAUGCGGCGCCAAAUUCCACGCGGCCUACCUUUUGGCUCAACACAAACAAUCGCACCGGACUGAGAGACUUGUUAAGUGCGACCUCUGCCCAGCGACAUUUAAGGCGAACAACAGCCUGCAUAUGCACAAAUUAAGCUGCCACAGCAGCGCUCUGUACAAGUGCCACGUGUGCGGCCGCGCUUACAGCUGCCGCCAUUACGCCGUCAAACACCUGCGACUCGUGCACCGCUACAGCGGGCCCGUCGGGAGCUUACAACGCCUCCGCCUAGAUGACGCUAGCUAGCGGGGAUAGUUCCCGCUCGCGGCGAGAGAUGGCGCUGAUUACGGAGCUAGUGUCUAGUUUCGUCGCUAGAUGGCGUUGUUAAUUUAAUAAAUUGCUUUCGCAACA